AUGGCGACAACAACAACCCAGACAGCACCGCCUGUCCUCUCCUACGUCCAAGUCCCAGAGACAUCCGAAAACCUCGACUGGGCCGACCUGGCAACUCUCGACCUCUCCAAAUUCGACCAACCAGGCGGAAAACAAGAACUAGCUAGUCAAUUCCGAAAUGCGAUGGAAGAUAUCGGCUUCUUCUACGUCAAAAACCACGGCCUCAGCUUCAGCGACAUCGAUACCCAAUUCGCCCUCGCCAAAUCCGUCCUCUCCCUGUCCGCCGCAGAAAAGCAACCCUACCGCGCCGCCCUCGAAAAAGGGGACUAUAACGGGUGGAAACCAGCAGGCACACGCAAUCUUAUCCCCGGCGUAAAGGACAAUUUCGAGAUCUACAACAUCCCCAAAUUUGUGCCUGAGCAUGCCAACAGGAAACAUCCGGAAGUCGUGAAGAAGCAUUGGGAUACGAUCAAGCGGUUUUCGACACAUAUACAUGAGCAGAUCGUGAGGAAGUUAUUGGUCGUAUUUGCGGUGGCGUUGGGUCUAGAGGAUGAGGAGUACUUGGUGAAUAAGCAUCGGUAUGCGGAAAGGAGUGGGGAUCAUUUGAGGUAUAUGAAGUAUUAUGCGAGGAGUGAGGAGGAGAAUCGGAAGUUGGGUGGUGUAUGGCUCAAGGGACAUUCGGAUAUGGGCAGUUUGACGCUCCUUUUCCGUCAACCUGUUGCGGCGUUGCAGGUAUUGACCAAAGAUGGGACGUGGAAAUAUGUCAAGCCGCAGAUGAAUGCGCUCACGGUGAAUAUUGCGGAUGCGCUUGAGUUUUUGACAAACGGCUUCCUCAAAUCCAGCAUUCACCGCGUUAUCGCCCCUCCCAAAGAUCAAGCUCACAUCGACCGUCUUGGAGUUCUGUACAUGGUCCGUCUAGAAGACGACACAGACCUUGUACCUCUGAAAGAUUCGCCCGUUCUCCAAGAACUGGGCCUUGUGAAGGACCAAGUUUUGGGCAGUGAUGGCAAACCCAUCAAAGCUGGUGAAUGGGUUAAGCAGAGAAUAAUCAAGAAUCUGGGGAAUUCGACUACCCAGGAUGGUGAUAAUGAGGUUGGGAAUGUAGAGAUUGUCAAAGGAGUGGGGACCAAAUAUUAUGAUUAA